AUGCUGUCCCGCGUCGCCUUGGCCGUCCUCUUCGCGACAGCUGCUCGGGUCUUGUGCGCUUCCGAGCCCCCAAACUCCACUUCGCCUACCUUCAAUCUCUCCACACCAGCUCUCGCGAGACCUUUCGUCAGCAACAAUGUCAUCACUCCCGUUGCAAUAUCCGGCCCUCCGGCCCAUCUCUUGGCUUUGAAACAUGGCGCCAUCGACCAAGACUUUCCCGCCUGCACCGAUCUCAAUGCCCAUCCGUUCUGUCUUCCCACCAACGGCAGCGACCUGUACGAUGAAAAGACCUAUUACGUGACGUGGAAUCCGGAAAACUUCCCUUACGAUGCCAGCAUAAACGUCUUCCUCAGUUGGUACAACAACACGCGCAAAGUGGUCUGGUCCUUCCCGCGUGUUCCCAACCUUCGCGGUGGGGUGGCAUUCGAGGCGAAAAGAGAGUGGCUGCAGGGCCAGAAGAGCCGCGACUUGACCUUCUACGCCCAGGAGUACGAUUUCAAAAGCGACAAAAAGCCUCCUUUGUACACUGGCGCAACCGUUCGACUCGUCAAAAACCCAGACAUGAUCCCUGUCGAAAGCUCAAACAGCUCUAACACGCACCUUGCGCUCUUUGUGGGGGUGCCUGUUACAUUGACGUUUGUGGCGCUCGGUGUCUUUCUGCUGUCUUUGCGGCGUAGACGUGGACGGAGAGUCGUUGGAAUUAGGGGUAUGCCUAUUCGCCGAAACAAUGGUUAUAAUGGUUCCAGGUCACGGCGCUUUCAGAGGGGCGGUAGUCCGAGGAAUGUUUCUCAUGCUCUGCGGGAAUGGGGAUUUCUAGGCGACCUGCUGCACAGAGACCCCGAGACUCCGACUCCAAAGACUCGCGGCUAUUCUUGUGCUCCAAGUGUCGAAAGCCUCCUGCGGGACACUCGCGACGAAGGAGACGCAUUUCUGAAGGGCUCUGAGUCUGAGAAGCCGAAAACCAGCAGGAGUAUGUGA